CUCCAAUCCCAAUAGGUUCAAAACCAGCUCCUGUGAUACUCUUGGGUUUCCUUGCAGCAUUCAGGUAUGUGAAUAUGGGAGCAGAACACCAACGCACCUGUUUGCUAACAUUUUCAGAGCUUGACCUUAGCAUUCUCUGGAGCCUUUUAUUUUAAAAUUAAGUGAGGUUUCCUGUCUGUGGAAUCUGGGAUACAAUAAUUGUUCAGCCAUACUUCCCUUUGGAAAGCUGAUGUAUUUUUAGCUUUCUGAAAUACGGGUGUAGUGGAGGGUUUUCUGUGUGGUUUGGGGAUUUUGCUUUCAAGUAGAAUUCAGAUCUUUCUCUGUCUUGGUUCAGUCAAAUGAUAUAAUCAAAAUAUGAAGAACCCUUCUGUUUGAAGAACUGCUUUUUUCUAAAAGUCAUACAGUUUAAACAAGGGUUAAAUUUGUCAAGAGAAAUUGUGCCAGAUAUGUAUGGUUUUAUUUUGGGUUAAACUGUAAUUUUUUUCAACAAUGCAUUUUUUCCUAAAAAUAACUUGGUGACACACCCCACCCCCACCCAAAGGAAAAAAAAAACAUAUAGAAAUAAUCAAAACUUAUUUCUCAUUUUCUUUUAGUAGCAUAUGCAGGCUUCUGAUGAUCCAAGACUUCUCCACCUGGCUUUGCAGAUGACAAUAGAUGUCACAGACCUUGUGGCUAACAAGGUCCUCAAGUAAUUUUUCAAAAUAGUGUAUUGUUUUUCUGCUUCAGGCAAGAAUAUCAGGUUGAUGCAGCAGAGCGUGUUCCUCGUCGACCACGCCUGGACGUACCGUGCAGAGCACGCCCGGCAGCAGCUGCGCCGUGUGCCGGGCCUGCUGCACAGGAUGGCCAACCUCAUGGGCAUCCCCUUCCACGGAGAGGUCCCAGACGAGGGCAGCAUCGAGCAGGUCCUGCAGGAAAUGUGGAAAUACAACCAGACCUACCAGCUCUCUCAAGGGACUGCAGAGGAGAAGGUUCCUGUCUGGUACAUCAUGGAUGAAUUUGGAUCACGCAUUCAGCAUUCAGACCAGCCGAGUUUUGCAGCAGCACCUCUGUUUUACAUGCCUCAGCAAAUUGCUUACACAGUUCUCUGGCCUUUGAGAGACCUUGAAACUGGUGAUGAAGUCACUCGUGAUUAUGCUUAUGGGGAGACGGAUCGCCUGAUCAGAAAGUGUGUUUUGUUGCCUUGGGUGCCUACUGAAGUGUUGGAUGUCAGCUGUUUUACUCCAGAGCCACCAGAUGAACAUUACCAGGCAAUUUUAGCAGAAAACAAGGAAAAACUUCCUGUAGCAAUAAAUCCACCAGUUUAUGCCAAAGACAAAGUUUUCAAGGUUUUCACAGACAUUCAGCAAGUCCUCAACAACCUGACACAUCCCCGUUUUGUAUUCACAGACAACGAGGGAGAAGCAGACAUCCUCUACAACUUCUCACACUUCAAAGAUUAUAGGAAGCUAAGUGAGGAGAGGCCUGAGGUUAUGGUGAAUCAGUACCCAUGUGAGAACCUCCUGACUGUCAAAGACUGCCUGGCAUCCAUUGCUAGACGAGCUGGAGGACCUGAUGGGCCCAGGUGGCUGCCUCGGACUUUUAACCUCCAGACAGAAUUGCCUCAGUUCAUCAGCUACUUCCAGCAACGUGACAGAAGAGGAGAAGACAAUCACUGGAUAUGCAAACCAUGGAACCUGGCAAGAAGCCUGGAUACCCACAUCACCAACAACCUGAACAGUAUCAUUAGACACAGGGAAAGCAGCCCAAAGGUGGUGUGCAAGUACAUCGAGGAGCCGGUGCUGUUUGAGCGUGAGGACGUGGGGCUGGUGAAGUUCGACGUGCGCUACGUGGUGCUGCUGCGCUCCGCCCGGCCCCUGCGGCUCUACAGCUACGACGUGUUCUGGCUGCGCUUCUCCAACAGGGCGUUUUCACUUGAUGACUUGGAUGACUAUGAGAAGCAUUUCACCGUCAUGAAUUAUGCUCCUGGUGUGACAUUGAAACAGGUGCACUGUGAAGACUUUAUUCCUCUGUUUGAAAAACAAUAUCCUGAAUAUCCUUGGACAACAGUACAAGCAAGUAUUUUUAAGGCAUUUGCUGAAUUGUUCCAAGUUGCUUCGUCUAAACCUGCCCCUCUUGGUAUCUGCGAUUAUCCAUCAUCAAGAGCAAUAUAUGCCAUUGACUUGAUGCUUAAGUGGGACACCAGCAGAGAUGGGAAAAGAAUUAUGCAGCCUCAGAUCUUGGAGGUGAACUUCAAUCCUGACUGUGACAGAGCCUGCCAAUACCACCCUACCUUUUUUAAUGAUAUCUUCAGCACCUUAUUUCUGGAUGAAACAGACAACUGCCAUGUGACACGCAUUGUCUAACAAGAUACAUGACUCCAUCAAUUUUCUUCUCAGAUAUGCUUAACAGCAAGAUUUAUAUUUCAGUUCUGUGAGCUGCUGAUGCAACUGUUUUUCUAUACUGAUCAACAGGAGAAAAAAAUUGUAUCAGAAGAAUAUGCAUAUACUGUAUGGAUAAUCCCUUUGUCUGCAUAGUCCUUGUCUUGCUUUGUUCUUUCUGUAAAUCAUCGGUGUGUGUUGACAAAGUGUCUUGUUUAUUGAAUAUUGAAGACCUCAGAGUAGGACUUGUUUUUCAAGUAGUUUGAUUGCUUGCUUGCUGGAAAACAUUGCACAAGGUCCUUGUGUCAACAUUAAAACUAUAGUUUACUAAAUCAUA